AUGGCUCACUACCCAUUACGUUCUCCGUCCAGCACCAACAUUCAUCCGAAUGCUCGAUGGCAACAGAAUGGUAUCACUGUGGCUGGAGGAAAUCGACAAGGCAAUGGAAUCAAUCAACUCUCUAACCCAUGGGGUUUGUAUGUUGAUGAUGAUCAAAGUGUCUAUGUCACUGAUACAUCGAAUCAUCGUAUUGUGGAAUGGAAAUGGGGUGCGAUGAGCGGCCAAGUGGUUGCCGGUGGAAAUGAACAAGGAAGUGGGGCUCAUCAGUUGUCUUACCCACAAGAUGUGAUUGUCGACAAAGAGAGAGAUAGUCUCAUCAUCUGCGAUUAUCCGAAUAGAAGAGUGGUUCGAUGGCCUCGUCGAAAUGGGACAAGUGGAGAAACGAUCAUCUCCAACAUCGCUUGUGUGGGUUUGACAAUGGACGAGAAUGGAUCUCUCUAUGUCACUGACAUUGGAAAUCAUGAAGUGAGACGAUAUCGAAGAGGAGAAUCUCAAGGAACAGUGGUUGCAGGUGGCAAUGGAAGUGGAAAUCGUCUCGAUCAACUUUCUUACCCACAAUACGUAUUCGUCGAUCUAGAUCAUUCAGUGUACGUGUCUGGAUGGGGAAAUCAUCGUGUGAUGAAAUGGGUGGAAGAUGCAAAACAAGGCAUUGUCGUGGCUGCUGGUCAAGGACUAGGAAAUGGUCUUACACAAUUGUCAUAUCCUGAAGGAGUCGUUGCCGAUCAAUUGGGCACUGUCUAUGUGGCUGAUAAUGGGAAUCAUCGAAUCAUGCGUUGGCCCAAAGGAGCCACACAGGGAAGUGUCAUUGUUGGUGGAAACGGUAGAGGAGAACAAUCGAACCAACUCAAUGAACCCACUGGUUUGUCAUUCGAUCGACACGGCAAUCUCUAUGUCGUCGAUUGUGAAAAUCAUCGUGUACAAAAAUUCAAUAUCGAAUUUAAUGGAUAG